UAGGAAACCCAAGCUAUUAAUUAAAAACACGUAUUGUUUGCUUUCAUCCCUCGGCGGCUGCGGUGACGGUGUGUUGCUUAUGUCGGCCGCAAAUACACAACAUUGGGCUGAGGAGGCGAUUCAGGCGAAGACCCCCACGGGCUGAAUGUCACAUAUGUGUCACGGAUAGCGGCGGUGUUUUCUCUCUGUCAAAUUUGGGAUUUACGCCACAGUGAAGCAAUCCCCGAGAGGAAUUCGUCUGCUGUAAAGAUAGAUCGACAUUGGAGAAGGUCAAGGCGAGAGAGCCGAGAUAAGUGCUUGUGAAAGAGGAGGAGCUGGAAUAGCGAAGGAAAGGGGGAGAUUUAACAGAAAAUAAAGGAAGGGAAAGAAGAAGAUAAGAUAGGAAAAUAAGAGAAAGAGCGUCAGACAAAAUAAACAUCGUGAUUAAAGACCCGAGUUUCUUACGCCACUGCCCGCAAUCUGAGUUUUCUUCACUGGUUGGACUUGAAGAGAGUGUAAUGCCUAUCUUGGUUCUGGCUACAAGGCUUAGCACUCCAGAGUAUCUUCAUAGGCCUAUGUUUGUGAUCAGCCAAGCUUUCGAAAGAACAAUAUUACCACCAUUACCAUUAUUAGUGUGUAAAUGAGCACCUACAUAUAAGUGAAUCUUGGUGGUUUGUGUAUUUUUUUUCAUGUAUAUCUGAAUCCUUGCCAGAGACAAACUGAUUAGAGUACAAAAUUUAGUGCAAAUCAGUUCUUAGAUAUUUGAGAACAGAGAACAAAAUUCAAGAUGGCUGAGAACAAGAACCAGGUGUCAUUACCCCAGUCACCAAACACAGACAUGACAGAGGUGAUAUUACCAGAAACUCCCCGAGAAAACUUUGUACUCUUGAAGAAUAUGCUAAUUAGCCCAGACAAUGAAGUGUUUGAUCAACUAAGGCUGCAUUUGCAAGAGAAAAUCUGCGAUGGAAACGGGGAAACACUUUUUGAUGUUGGGGUUGGGGCAGAUGACUCCGUGAGUGGCCUAGCGGAGGAGGAGUAUGAGGCCUCAGUGGCCACCCUCAAGUCCCUGGCCGACACCUUGGACGCUGACUGUGUCCUCCUGCGAGAAAAGAAGAACAAAACUGGCACUCAGGGACAAUAUCUGGUCAGAAAGAAGGCAGAUGCUGAGGAUUUCAUGGAAGUCAGAGUGGCUGUAGUUGGCAAUGUAGAUGCAGGAAAAUCAACCCUGUUAGGUGUAUUAACCCACGGAGAGUUAGAUAAUGGCAGAGGAACAGCACGUAUGAAACUGUUUCGACACAAACAUGAGAUGGAAACAGGUCGAACUUCAUCAGUGGGGAAUGAUAUUCUUGGCUUUGACAGUCAAGGAAAGGUUGUCAAUAAGCCUGACCAUGGUCACUUAGACUGGGUAAAGAUUUGUGAAGCAUCAAGCAAAGUGAUAACUUUCAUUGAUUUAGCUGGUCAUGAACGCUAUCUCAAGACAACAGUAUUUGGUAUGACUGGCCACUUGCCAGACUUCACAAUGUUGAUGGUGAGUAGAGAUCCUCACCGGGCCCUACCAUCUCCGACCUUCCCGUUGGUUGCCGCAGCACAGGAGCCCUUCAGAUCAUUAUGCCAUAUUCAGCAGGAUUACCCUGAAGGCCACUCGUGCAUUGGCAAGACACAUCUAGAGCUGGAACAAGGGCUGCCUGAAAGGUUUUUGCAGUGUCCUAGAAAACGUUGUGUGGGAUUCAUUUCUCACAGACUCUCACACUCACUGAAACAGCAAGAGCGCUUUAUACUUCACAAAUCAGACAAAGUUUGGUUUGGGCACAUGAAGACUUCCAGCCUUCCAUAA